CCCCAAAAGCUGGGCGGUUCGUAGGAUCACCGGCGGCCCACCGGAGCUGAGCCCCACAGCACCACACAUCCACGCGGUUUGGUGGUGUGGUGACUGGUGAGGGAGAGCACAAGAACACAAGAAGAAGGCGAGAGACAGAGGGAGGAAGGGGAGAAAUAGGGAGCUGAAAAAAAAGCGGAACAGACCCGGCUUUUGACCCCGCCAAGCCCACCGUCGCCGGCAAUGGCGGUCGCCUCCGAGGAGGCCAUCAAGCAGUUCUCCGUGCUCAUGGAGCAGCUGGAGGAGCCGCUCAAGACCACAUUCCAGAAUGUGCAUCAAGGAAAUCUGAGGGGGACUUUGGUGCGUUUUCUGAAGGCCAGAGAAUGGAGUGUACCUAAAGCUCAUAAAAUGCUUUUGGAUUGCUUAAAUUGGAGAAUACAAAAUGGGAUUGACAGCGUGUUAGCUAAACCCAUUGUGCCAUCUGAUUUAUAUAGAGCUAUCUGUGAUACUCUACUUGUUGGACUGACAGGGUACUCCAAGCAGGGACAACCUGUUUAUGCAUUUGGUGUUGGUCUCAGUACAUUUGAUAAGGCUUCGGUGAAUUACUAUGUUCAGUCACACAUACAGAUGAAUGAAUAUCGAGACCGUGUUGUCCUGCCAGCUGCAUCGAAGAAGUUUGGGAGACAGAUUAAUACCUGUUUGAAGGUUAUGGAUAUGACUGGCCUCAAGCUGUCUGCAUUGAGCCAAAUAAAGAUGUUGACCAUGAUUACAACUGUUGAUGACCUUAAUUAUCCUGAGAAAACGGAGACUUAUUACAUUGUGAAUGCACCAUACGUUUUUUCAGCAUGUUGGAAGGUUGUGAAGCCACUUUUACAAGAAAGAACUAAAAAGAAGAUCCAAGUCCUGUAUGGCUCUGGGAGGGAUGAGUUAUUGAAGGUUAUGGACUAUGAGUCACUUCCACACUUUUGCAAGAGGGAAGGAUCAGGUUCAUCCAGUGAUUCUCUCGAUGGAGUUGACUGCUAUUCCUAUGACCAUCCUUUCCACCAGCAGCUGUACAACUACAUGAAGCAGCAAUCUCUGAAACUGGAUUCUGUUGGCCCCAUAAAACAAGGCUCACUCCAUGUGGAUGUGCCCUCGCCUGGCCUUGAGGAAGUCAAGAUCGCGGAGACCAUCGAAUCAGAGCUCCACAAGUUGAGGGGAGGCAACGGUCUCAUGCACUCAUUCAACAGAAUCAAGAUCGAAGGUCCAUGAGGGCGCGGUGAUUGGGAAGUGCGUGCCUGAUCCACGGAGGUGAUCUUGCUAUUUGAACCCCAGGUGCCUAUGGUGGUGGGGGGUAGUAGUACUUCUUGCUUGCAAUCACUGGCUGCAGGCUUGAGUAGGACAAGUAGAGAAUGUAGUAGAGAACGGUGGAUUCUAAUAACCAGUAUCUGAGAUUGUUAUCAUCCUAAUUAACCUAGCGAGUAUCAUUGUAUUUUCGUGCUUAUUAUGUCAUGGGAAAUGUGACGUUUCCACCCAUGAAAGCUACCAGAUUGGACUGCUCCCUAUGUAUCUAUGUAUAUGUAUAUAUAUAUGUCUGCCAACUCGGUGAAGGGUUUGUGCGCA